AUGGGACUAGAGGAGCAGCAGGAGGAGAGGGAGGUCCUGGAGUCCAUCUUCCCGGACGAAAUUACUGAUAUCUCCGAAAACGAAUUCCGCGUUUUAAUAGUGCUUGAUGUUGAGAGACAUGAAGACGACGAAACUGAACAGCCGGAACUACUUCUCCAGGUGACAUAUCCAGAAGCGUAUCCCGACGAAGCACCGCGCCUCGACAUCCAAUCGCCACCCAAUGCGCCCAAAUAUCCGCACUUCGACGUUCAAGAAGACAAAGAACAGCUUCUCCAAAACCUUUAUCCGAUCAUCGAGGAAAGCAUGGGGAUGGCUAUGAUCUUCACCAUAAUCAGCACGCUCAAGGAGCUCGCCGAGCAAUUGAUAUUGGACAGGCAGAAGGUCGAGGAACUGGAGCGAGAGACCGAAGCACAGAAGGUGGAAGAGGAGGAGAAUCGGAAGUUCCAUGGAUCGGCGGUCACGAGGGAGUCGUUCAUGGCGUGGAGGGCAAAGUUCAAGCAGGAGUUGGAGGAGGAGGAAAGGAUACGACAGGAAGAGGCGCUUGUCGAUAGCAAGGGCCGGAAGAUAGCGAAGGAAGAGCCUCGCAUCACUGGGAGGCAGCUGUGGGAGAGGGGUCUUGUGGGCAAGAUUGAUGAAGAUGAAGGGGAUGAUGAGGUCGAGCAAAUGGAGAAGCUUAAGGUCGAAGCUUAA